AUGGCGUGUACCGUCCCACCGAAGACAUGGGAGAGCGGCUUCGCUUGUCCUGCAGAGACAUAUUCAUGGGGGGACAAGAGGAACUACAUCACGGAGACCGGCGAACAAGCGCACUAUAGACUCCCCGUCCACAUCGAUGCUCCUACUUCGACCAUAGGGAACGCUCUGGGACUGACGCAUCUUCGGACAUGGCCGAGCCUAUACGAUGGAACGGCGUACCAGAGGCCGGAAUGGUUUAAGCCGGCAGAAGAGGUGGAUGUCUUGAUUUGCGGUGAUAAAGCAAGUACACCGUGCCUCUCCGGCCGAGCUGACGCCGUUCACCCACGAGCCAAUGAGCACCUCCACUCCUGGGGCAUCUCCCAUGAGGCCACCGAAGAAGGGCCGCUGAUCAACUCGACGGCCAUCUACAGCAGGGGCGUCAAGCUGCGUCACAACAAUCACCCCAUCAGCGAUUCCAGGUACAGAGGCUCCAGCGUCAUCACACAGGGACAGCUCGAGAGGAUCUACAUUCGGGACCUUCUGCGGCACCGCGUCAUCGUCGAGAGGGAGACACUCGUGAAGGAGUUUCAGGUGCAGGAAGCUGGAGCGGAGGCGACACACCCGGUGCGCGCGACGCUGAGAAAUGUUGCAACAGGAAAGGAAGAGACUGUUCGGGCUCAGUACCUGAUUGGUGCUGACGGUGCGGCCAGCAACAUCCGCGAACAGAUGAAGGUACCGUUUGACGGGCUAGGAACGGAUAUUUACUGGGCAAUCAUCGACUGUCAAUUUAAGACAGACUAUCCGCAUCUGUUUGGUAUGAGCAUGAUCACCAGUGAGCAUGGGGGGUGCAUUGUCAUCCCACGCGAAGAGGGAUUCACCCGUUUCUACAUCCAGGUCAACGAGGAGACAGCGCGCCGUCUGCAUCAGACGCGGCAAUCCAGACGGAAUGCCUCUUCUGUGGGCACAAUGCGCGUCGACGAUCACGGUAUCACGCCUGACGAAGCCCUCGAACAGCUGCGGAAGAUCCUGGCGCCCUGGACAGUCGAAUUCGCUUCACCGAUCAGCUGGUUCUCUGUAUGGAAAGUCAACGAGCGCGUCGCCCGUCACUUCUCGUCGCCCGAUCUGCGUGUGCACCUCGGGGGCGACGCAGCACACGUCCACAGUGUUCUGGGAGCAUUCGGCCUCAACUCUUCAAUAUACGACGCCGCCAAUCUGGGCUGGAAGCUCGGGCUCUGCAUCAGGAAGCAGGCUCUACCAUCCGUCAUCUUACCGACGUAUGACAGCGAACGCCGGCUUGCAGCAAACCGAGUGAUCCGCUGUUCGGGGGCAUAUCUGCGCUUCCUAUGCAACUCGCAUCUUCCUCUAGCAUCGCUGCGAGGUCUCCACGAUGAACUCGAAUCCCAUGACGAGCGCCUUCCGAAGAUUGACGGUAGUAUCGAGGCAGACUCGCAGUUCAUGGGCACCUUCUACAGACAGAACUCAGGGUUCCUCAUGGGGCUCGAGUUCCCCAUAAUCGAAUCUGCGAUAACCCAUCCCGACCCUGAGAAGCAGCCAUUAGCUGUUCGCAACGGCGCUCGUGCUCCAAGUCCUCGGUUCGGCGGGAAAAAUAGGUUCAAUGUCGUUCUCGUCGCAAAGGCCCUGCCCUACCAGAUCGCCGAAUUGCUGGGCCCACGUAAUGGCCAGGGCGAUGAACUCGAGCAACUCCGAGGACAUGCAACAUUCAUAUACGAUGACCGAGCCCCUGAUGACGAUGCCCACUACUGGUACGGCGUAAAUCACGCCCGCGGAGCCGUCGCCGUCGUACGUCCGGAUCUCGCUCUUGGGGUCAGCAUUUGGCCGGACGAGGUAGAGAAACUUGAAGCUUACUUUGCAGGAUUUUUGGUAAAGCAGGACGUCACCGUCUCUGAGGGUGGGAAUUCCAAGACAAGUCAGGUAGAGUUUUCCAGCCAGGAAACUAAUGGGACGGAGAAGUCUAGAGCUGCAUCGAGUGCUGCCAACCGUCCAAAACGCUCGCUUCGUUCUUGGUUUGCGAGCAUGUUGGCUCUCUGA